ACUGACUGAAAAAGACAACUGCUGCGGAUGUUUACCAUACUGAUUUACCGAGUCUGAUAAGCAUUAGUCGCAGUAACUGAUUCAAAGUGAGUUAAAAGGAUAUUUAGUGUCCGAUUGACCGAUUAUUGGUAAAUCAGAGUGCGUACAGUGAGAUCUUUUUUUAAAUAUUAAUAUUUGUGCUGCGGUCGCUUGACAACUUACGUUUUACGAAGCCGGGAUAAACUCACUUCCUGGAGUCUAAAUUACCGUAUAACAGAUCAUUUACCAAGUUAUGGAGGACAAGAAUUUGGGUGUAGAAACCCUGAGCGAGGCAGCGCUAAACAGACUUGGUUACAUGCUAGACAAUCUAGAGUGUGGUUGGAAACAGCUGGCAAAGGCAGUGGCCGAACAGCCACAGUUCUGCUAUAGUGAGAAAGAGCUGACUGACUGCUCACUCAAAGUGCUAAAUCCACAUGGCAGUCCUGGCCGAUACCUGCUUGCCCUCCUUGCAGAUAGAGGGUGUACCUUGGCUUUCCUGCUUCAGUGCCUGAAGAAAAUCGAGCACAGAGAGGCUGCUGGAUUUCUCACUACACAUGUGAUGGAGCAGAUUGACAUCACACUCCAGCCACAGAGUCAGCGGGUACCAGAGGGAAGUCCCGUGGUUCUGAGCUGCAGAGCAGUUGGAACUGUGGACCUCACCUACCAGUGGUUCAAGGGCAAAGUUGAGGUGCCAGGAGGCAAUGGCCCAGAGCUGGUGCUGAAUCCUGUUAGUCCGGCUCAACAGGGCCCCUACAUCUGCCGUGUAAGUUCUGGGGAAAGGUACGUCUUCUCCAACUGGGCCCAUGUACGUCUAGUGAGGUCUGGAGGCGCAAGUGCAGGUUCCAGCUACUUCCCUUCAUCAGCUAGUGGGUUGUAUGUAACUCAGCAACCUAGGCCUCAAGUGUUGAUGGAGGGAGACACUCUCUAUCUCGAAUGUACUGCUCAGGCCAACCCGCCUCCCCAGUUCCAAUGGUAUCUUAACAAACAGCCAAUGCCAAACUGUACUAGAAGCAUCUUAAAGAUUCCAUGCAUAACCACAGCAGACAGAGGUACAUAUACUUGCAAGGUUUACAACCUCUAUCAUGAAGCGUGGAGUGAUCAGGUCCAAGUAAACAUCGGUCCUGGUUCCUUUUCUGAUGCCUCAUGGGAAGCGCCUAAAGUAGGUGCUCCUGAUGCAGGUCCAAGGCAAAUUGGUGAUUGUUGCGCCACUGAUAAGGUAGCACUGCUUAUUGGGAACAUGAACUACCUGCAUCACCGUCAGCUGAGAGCUCCCAUGGCAGAUGUGCAUGAGUUGACAAACCAUCUACGCCAGUUAGACUUUAAAGUCGUCGCUCUGCUGGACCUCAACUGGCAGGAGAUGCAUAGUGCUGUUACUGAGUUCUUGCUGCUGUUGGAUCGAGGGGUUUAUGGGCUGUUGUACUUUGCUGGUCAUGGCUAUGAAAACUAUGGGAACAGUUUCAUGGUACCCAUCGAUGCUCCAGCCUCUUAUACCUUCAAGCACUGCCUCUGGGUGCAGGAUGUGUUACAGCGCAUGCAAGAGCGCCAGACGGGACUUAAUGUCUUUCUAUUGGACAUGUGUCGGAAACGGUGCAGUUUGAUUCAUAAGUGUAUCAGUUCUGAAUUAUUGUGCAUAAAAUUUUACUUGAAACUGACACUUCAGUUGUGUUGUUCAUUCAGAAACCCAAAUGACGAAAGCAUCCCACAACCUGGCCCCUUGAGAGUGACAGCAAACAUAGUGUUUGGCUAUGCAACGUGUGUUGAUGCCGAAGCAUUUGAAGUAAAUAAAGACGAUCUCUCUAAUGGAAUCUUCAUGAGCUUCCUUAAGAAAAGACUGAUGGAGCCAGAGAAGGUCACGGUCAUACUUGACAAAGUAGCUGAAGACAUGGGAAGGUGUGAAAUCACUCGUGGUCGGCAGGCUCUAGAGCUGCGCAGUAAUCUCUCGGAGCGUCGUGCCCUGACAGACAGCAUUCAGGCUCCAGCAUGCCAAGUCACAGCGUCAACACGAAACUUACAGUGGGCCAUCGCUCAUGUCCUCCCAGAGAGCUGCUGUCUUCAGUUCGAAUGUGGUGUCAGGGUACAGCUAGGAUUUGCUGCAGAGUUCUCCAAUAUCAUGAUCAUCUACUCUCAGAUAUUGGAGACUCCUAAAGACAUUUUGUCCUGCUCUGCUCAGCUCUCUGAUUUUACAGAGGGUCCUGAAGUAGACCUGAAGCACAGCAAUCAGGAGAGUCUUUGCGAGGCUGGCAGCUUACUACUGUCCAUGGAUGAUCUACUGCCUCUGGAACAGCCUCAGCUCUUCACUCGUAUUAGUGCCCUGCAAAGGCUCAAGAAAGAGCUCUCGUUUACUGUUUGUAUACACUACAAGUACACUAAUCUGGAUGAAGAGGUCUUGGAAGAGCAAAGAGUCAGUGUAGGCAAACCAUUAGUGUCAAAACUCAACCUCCACGAGCCACGACUCUCUCACACCUCCUCCUCUGACCGACAAAUCUCCAGUAUGAUGGAGUCUUCAUCCUUCAGUGAAAGCUUCAGAGCUAACCUGCCCAACUUAAACCCUUCCUCCAUCGGAUCUGCAUCUACAUCCUGGUCCUACUAUCAAGGACCCAUGGAAUCACCCACAUUUUCUAGCUUAAAGAAUGAACCAGAGGAAACCAUAUGUCCUGAGUUCCUUGAAGCCGAAGAACCUCCCGCCAUCAAGAGUUUGCCUAGCGCCUCUUCUCAGGAGCUCCCAUUUAAAUUUAGCAACUUACCAAAUUCCAUUUAGCAGGAAAGUGUUCAAAGCUGUGCAUCUUGGAUGCUACAGUGUAUGUUACAGUGUGA